GCUUUAUUUAGUCCCGCCCUUGUUACUCCAACCUAGUGCAAUACAUUUCAUGUUUGGUACUUGACUAUUAUACCAAGACAUUCUGCUCUGCUUGCUGGCAACAGAAAUUCUCUCUCUCUCCUUUACAUUCCCAACCAAUUGGCGACGUUGCAAACGCCAUAUUGUUCCUAGCCUGGAAUAUCAAAACCUUGAAGCUAUUUCCAACUGCCAAGGUUUGCGUUCUCCAUUGGAGUAGCGUUUUACCUAGGAAAUCCUGCAUCCUUUUGCAAGAUGCCCUCAACCAGAUCGACCACAUCGGGCAUUGCCCAAGAGAAGAACCCCAUGAGGCGAACGACCACCUCGACCACUGUCGAAUCGGACGUCUCAGCUCCGGGAACCGCUGUCCAGUCGCCUAUGGACUCGCCCCGCCACUCUGCCUCGUCAACCUCUCUCUCUUCACUUUCUUCGGUUGAUGCGGCGGUCGAGAAGAAAUCUAACGAGUCUGUUGGCAAACUUGUCGACACGUACGGCAACACCUUUGAGAUUCCUGACUUCACCAUCAAGGACAUCCACGAUGCCAUCCCAAAGCACUGCUUCGAACGCUCUGCUAUCCGUAGCUUGAGCUAUGUUGCCCGUGACAUGGUCCUCCUCGCGACCACAUUUUACGUUUUCCACAACUACGUAACGCCAGAGUACAUUCCCUCGAAGCCUGCUCGCGCUGGCCUCUGGGCCAUUUACACGGUGCUCCAGGGUCUCUUUGGCACCGGCCUCUGGGUUCUUGCCCAUGAGUGUGGCCACCAGGCUUUCUCGCCCUCCAAGACCAUCAACAACACUGUCGGCUGGAUUCUCCACUCGUGCCUGCUCGUUCCUUACUUCAGCUGGCAGAUGUCGCACAGCAAGCACCACAAGGCCACUGGCCACAUUGAGCGUGACAUGGUCUUUGUGCCCCGCACCCGCGAGGAGCACGCCAACAGGAUCGGCCGUAUGGUUCACGAGCUGUCCGAGUUGACCGAAGAGACACCCAUCGCCACCCUUCUCCACUUGGUUGGACAGCAGCUGAUCGGCUGGCCUCUGUACAUCGUCACCAACAAGACCGGUCACAAUUACCACGAGCGCCAGCGUGAGGGCCGUGGCAAGGGCAAGAAGAACGGUUUGUUCACUGGUGUCAACCACUUCAACCCCAGCAGCCCUCUGUAUGAGAACAAGGACGCCAGCAAGGUGCUUCUCAGUGACCUGGGCAUCGGUCUUGCUAUCGCUGGCCUCGUGUACCUUUGCCAAACUUUCGGCUUCCAGAACAUGCUGGUGUGGUACUUUAUCCCCUACCUCUGGGUGAACCACUGGCUUGUUGCCAUUACAUUCCUUCAGCACACUGACCCCUCGCUUCCUCACUACACCGCCGAGGAGUGGAACUUCGUCCGAGGUGCCGCCGCCACGAUCGAUCGCGAGUUUGGUUUUGUCGGCCGCCACCUGCUCCAUGGUAUCAUUGAGACCCACGUCCUGCACCACUAUGUCAGCACGAUCCCCUUUUACAACGCCGACGAGGCUACCGAGGCCAUCAAGAAGGUUAUGGGCAAGCACUACCGCAGCGACACUGCCGGCGGCCCGCUUGGCUUCCUUGCCUCACUCUGGAAGAGCAGCCGCAUGUGCCAAUGGGUUGAGCCUAGCGCCGAGGCUGAGGGCAGUGGCAAGGGUGUCCUGUUCUUCCGCAACCACAACAAGAUCGGCACUCCUCCUAUCAAGAUGUCUGCUCAGUGAGCCGACUGACUGAAUGAGAUGCCGGUUUAUGUUAUUUAUUUUGAUCCAUCGAGCUGCUUCGGGGCUCUUCUUUCUGUACCGAAGUUUCUGUAGGAACUUGUUUCGGUAAAGCCGAAAACUUCGGGUAUUAUAUCUUUUUUGUCGUUGGCCAUGCGUUUGGUUGGCGUUAUGAUUAAUGUCGGCGGCAGUCGUAUGCCGCGCCGAGGGCAAGCCAGUCUACCCUGUGGGAAUAUAUUUGCCGUGAUGGGCUAGAUGACUGAUAGAGAUGGUGAACUUUAGAGGAAGCUUGGAGAAUUAAAGGACAAAGGAAGAACAGACUCUUUGUUGUCUAGAAAAUUAGACUAUGCAAUGACCUUUUGGGCAUGCAUAAGGUGCGUCGGGAAGCAAUGGCUGAGGCAAGCUCCGCGACUUAUUAUCAUUAGCAAACUCAUUUUGACAGAAACCUUUUUUUGGUAUCACCCUCAGUGAUAAUUUCUGGGCAUGUUAUAGGGAAAGAGAGCAUCAUCGGUAUGGGUCAAAGGAGCGUCGCGACGUAAAUAGUAUUUCAAAGAGGGGGAGCAAUCCGCCCGCGGUUGAUGGGGAUGAACGAAUCACAGAUGACGCUGUUCCGGGCGAUCCGAACCGGCGAACAUGGAGUCAUGCAUGCUCGAGUGCCCACAUGAACAGUAAG